AAAAAAUCACACUUUUACGACUCCUACAAACUGACUGCGGAACAUUGCUUUCACCUUUGAGGAUUUUUUUACGUGUGUGCAUCUUGCAUGUGUAUUUUUUUCUUCCUGCCGCAGGUCUGAAAGAGAGUUGUUACUGGACUUGAACGAACGCGCAUCAGUGUUUUAACUCGGGAGAAAGCAAAUCACCGGCUGGAUUUUUAUUUGAUUCUGUUUUCAUUUCGCUCUUUUCCUGACUCAGAACAUCCCAGACGUGGCAUGACUGGUAUCUGGCAUCUGGACAGGUGAAUAGUUUCCCUUUCCUUCCGAUAAGAACUUUUCCUCGUCAUUAACAUUGGGGAUAAAAGCGCACUUUUUUAAAGAUGUCAAAGCCGGCUGAUCAUAUCAAGAGACCCAUGAACGCCUUCAUGGUCUGGUCCAGGGGCCAGAGGAGGAAAAUGGCACAGGAGAAUCCCAAAAUGCACAACUCGGAGAUCAGCAAAAGACUGGGCGCGGAGUGGAAGCUGCUCUCCGAGUCCGAGAAGAGACCUUACAUCGACGAGGCCAAGAGGCUGCGCGCUCAGCACAUGAAGGAGCACCCCGACUACAAGUACAGACCGAGGCGCAAACCCAAGAACCUCCUCAAGAAGGACAGGUACGUUUUCCCUCUGCCUUACCUCGGGGACACAGACCACCUGAAGGGACUCCCCGUGUCUGCCGCGGACUCUCUUUUGGGCUCCUCGGAGAAAGCCCGGGCGUUCCUGCCUCCUACAUCCGCGCCGUACUCCUUCCUCGACCCGAGCCAGUUCAGCUCCAGCGCCAUCCAGAAGAUGACAGAGAUGCCCCACACGUUGAGCACCAGCACUUUGCCGUACGCGUCCUCCUUGGGAUACCAGAACGGCGCGUUCGGCACCCUUGGGUGUCCCAGUCAGCACACCCACACCCACCCGUCGCCCACAAACCCGGGCUAUGUGGUCCCGUGUAACUGCACAGCCUGGUCAGCGUCCAGUUUACAGCCCCCGGUGGCCUACAUACUUUUUCCAGGUAUGACCAAGACUGGGAUAGACCCAUACUCAUCCGCACACGCCACUGCCAUGUAACCCUCAAGACUCUCUUUUUUUCUAACUCACUUGAAAUGCAUGUAAAUAAAAACACGGACAGCGCGCCCGGGUUAAAGGCAUGAACAGUAUUAACUGCCUUGGACUUGUUAUGGCAAAAAAAAAGAGAGAAAAACACAAACUUUUGCAGAAAUCCAACAAGUUCCUGAGCUGGAUUUGGUGUAAAGGACGUUCCCUGUGAACUGUAAGAAAUGUAAAUGUUAUAACGUUUAUGGCAGCCAGAAAAGGAGGCCUUUAACUUUAUUUAUUGUGUACAUUUCAAUGCUAAUAUGCUGAUUUGUGUUGAUAGGGUGCUCUUUCUUUAUUUUGAAAAUUUGGCUUGCACAAUUACCAUCCUCACUCCUGUAUAGGCCUAAGUAGUCUACAUUUUGGCACUCGUAAUUUUACUCUGAUAGGGUCAAAAUCAGGACCUUUAGGCUGGAUUAUAUACGGGUCAUAUUGUUUAUAUUUAUCC